AUGGCAAUCAAACUUUCCACGGCUUCCAUCUUUGCGAUUGUAAUUCCAGUCUUGUUGGGCCUCCUCUUUUCCAAUGUCAAAGUUUCGGAUUUAUUGUUUGCCAAUCCCGUUUCUUCUCCUGGUGGUCUAGAACCCACUGCCACACCAACCACUGUGGCUCCUGAGAAAUGCAAACAACGAUUCCAAGUUCUUUUUCGGUCCGAGGCGGAUCCUUUCGCGAACGUCUCGGUAGUCUUGCACCAGAAUGGAGAUCCCAAGCACUGCGGAGACACUGGUUCGGGUUCGAAAUUCCACGCGCUCCUCUAUCAGAACUACGUCCAAUUGAAGGAUGGAGCUUGCCCAGCGGAACUUGACAAAUACCAAGUAGAAUCCUUGUUGACCAAGACCUUUUCGCAGUUGAUCAGCACUUGUGCGGAAUCUGGUCGAGAAGACAAGGGAUUCUUGGGAUUUUGCGAUGCUGGCAAAGACAAAACCCCCAUUUUGUUGGAUCACAAUCAUUUGGUUCCAGUCAAGUCGGAAUUGAUGGGAUUUUCAUUGCCAUGUCGCUUUCAUACUAGAGAAGGAUUGCGCAUCAGUUACAUGGAUCAACUUACCGGUCUUGCUAGUAGCAAACCGAUUGAUUGCGAAAUGGUGGAUACAGACGACGGCGACGACGCCAACACCCAGACCUGCCAGGUGGUCGAACCAGAAGGUCUCCCCUCCGAGAUUCACUUGUACGCAGUCCCAGCUGGACGAGUUUUCAUGUUUGCACCGGAUCACGUUGGCGAAAUUUUCCAUUUGAACCAUGUCAAUGGCGCAUUGAACAAGCCCAUUUACCUCAAGGUCAUGUCUUUGGAACCCCGAGUCUUUGACGUCUUUAAUUUUUUCUCGCGAGAGGAAUCCCAACAACUGGUGGACAAGGCCAUUGCGGAAACCUCGGAAACUCAUCGCAUCAAACGUAGUAGUACGGGGGCAUCUGGAUACAAUAUCAACUCUCGGCGAACUUCGGAAAGUGGAUUCGAUACACAUGGAAGCACAUCCACAAUUGUGAAGAAACGUUGCUUUUCGGCGCUUGGUUUUGAUGAAUAUAUUGACUCGCACGGAGAUGGUUUGCAAAUAUUGAGAUACAAUGUAACUACGGCCUACAAUUCACAUUUGGACUGGAUUGCGGACAAUGAUCAGCUGGCGCAUGAUUAUCAAUCUGCUGGAGUGGGUGGCAAUCGAUUUGCUACCAUUCUCAUGUACAUGUCCGACAUGGGCCAAGAAGAUGGUGGUGAAACUGUCUUUCCACAUGGAUGGCCAGAGGAUCUUGCCGAAAGUGAGCGUCUCGACAAAAAGACAGCCUUGGCGAAUUUGAGAGAAUCACCCAAUGGAAGUGUCUUGAAGGAGGGAUCGUGGGAAGAAAGCCUGGUUGCAACUUGUAGAUCACGACUGGCAGUUCGGCCUCAUUCUUCCAGAGCAGUACUAUUCUACAGUCAACACCCCAAUGGAGAAGUUGACAACAAAUCGCUUCACGGGGCAUGUCCAGUUCUUUCGGGUGUCAAGUAUGCUGCCAACCUUUGGGUAUGGAAUACUCCCCGACAAGGAUUCAGUGGAGCACCCAUCAAGGAGAAGUUUCGAAAGGAACAUGAAAACACAGUGUCCUCGCCCACUGUAGAAUUCAAACGAAUCACAGCAGUCUUUCAAAACACUGGGGAGCAUGAACAAAUGAAGAAUGCCAAAUUGCAUUACGAAAAUCAAUUCUGGGGUGACUUAGGCCCUAAUGAUCCCGCUUUGAGUGUGAAUACUUACGAGGGACAUGUAUGGAAUAUCUUUGUGGAUGGGAAGAUUGUCAAGACCUGGAACAUUUCGGAAAAGCGAGGACUGGAUCAAACCUUUACAUUUUAG